CUAUAGAAGAAAGAAAGCAGAAGUGAAAGGAAAGGUAGGCAAAAAAAAAAUGGAGUCACCGAAGAAGAUAGCUCAUGAGAUCGGUGGUGUGAAGAGAGACGCACUUCGGUUUGGUCUCAACGGCGUUAAGAGCGACAUCGUCGGAUCUCACCCACUCGAAUCGUCUUACGAAUCCGGAAAGAGAUCGCACGAGUCGAUGAAGAGGACUAUCAUUGGGCAUACCUACGGUACUGCACUUCCACUCAAGAUGGAUAUGGACAGGCAAAUCCUCUCACGGUUUCAGAGACCUUCUGGCCCUAUUCCUUCGUCAAUGCUCGGUUUAGAAGUCUACACAGGAGCCAUUGAUGACUUUGGUUUUGAGGAUUACUUGAAUGAUCCGCGUGACUCGGAGACAUUCAAGCCUGUAGACUUGCACCACGGUAUGGAAGUUCGUCUUGGUAUGUCAAAGGGCCCGGUUUCCCCCAGUUUCAUGUAAGGGUUGGGUUUUAUUGGAUGUUAUGUCUUUUAGCUUUUGAAUGAUGAAUCAAGUGAGAUCGUUUUGUAAACUUAUUUUGACUAAUCAAUAUGACCAAUCGAUUAUAGUAUUUUGAGGUUUUUAGAAA